AUGAGCAGUGUCGACCAUAACAAAAGCGCCUUACCAGCCGACAAAGGCCAGAAGAAGAAGAAGAGAAUCCAUCUCAAUGGCUUCGACAUGUUCACCGUCAGCCAUCUGUCCUUCGGCCAAUGGCGAAACCCAAAGGACCGGUCCAAGACAAAACGUCGCGAUCUAUCCUACUGGACAGAUCUAGCUAAAGUCUUAGAAAAGGGAGAGUUUACAGCUCUGUUUUUAGCAGAUACUUAUGGCAUAUACGAUACUUAUAAGGGAAGUGCCGACCCAGCGAUUCGCUAUGGUGCGCAAGUCCCGAUGGGUGAUCCCUCAAUUCCAAUCACUGCAAUGGCGUCAGUGACUAAAAAUCUCUCUUUUGCAAUUACCACGUCGACCUCGUAUGAAGCGCCGUAUGUGGUUGCUAAACGCUUUUCCACGUUGGACCAUUUGACUGGUGGACGAUUUGGUUGGAAUAUCGUCACGUCUUGGAAGGCUUCGGCAUCCAAAGCCCUUGGUCUUCCGUUGGUAGAGCAUGACCGGCGCUAUCAAAUUGCAGACGAAUACCUUCGGGUUUUAUACAAACUUUGGGAAGGAAGCUGGGCCGACGACGCUCUAAAGGAGGAAAAUGGAUCCGGUGAAUAUGCCAACCCAGACCGUAUCAAGUACGUGCAUCACCACGGGGAGAACUUCCACCUCGAUGGCAUCCACAUUCUGGAUCCGUCUCCGCAGCGCACCCCAUUCUUAUUUCAAGCCGGAACUUCUCCCGCCGGCGUUACCUUUGGCAGCACGCACGCCGAAGCAAUCUUCGUCGCGGCAAUCAGCCCGCAAGCCCUGGCUCCUAAAGUCAAGUUGAUCCGCGAAGAAGUAGCCAAACGUGGCCGCGACCCGACUUCGGUCAAGAUAUUCCCCGUUUUCACACCGAUAAUCGGUCGAACUGAGGAAGAAGCAAAGGCUAAAUAUGAGGAAGCACUCUAUUACGCUAACCCAGAAGCCGGUCUUGCCUUCUUCUCUGGUGGCAGUGGUAUUGAUUUAAGUCAGUACGAUCUCGACCAAGAAAUAAAACCAACUGAUGUGCACGUUGAUGCGCGCGUGCACUCUGCUCUGGCCAAUCUUCAAUAUACAAGCCCGGACAUUCCAGCCUGGACGCCGAGGAAUAUCGGGAAGUGGAUUGCGAUUGGUGGGAAUGGUCCAAUCCCUGUGGGCACGCCGGAGAAAAUUGCAGAUAUCCUCGAGGAAUGGGUUGAGGUAGCGGAUGUGGAUGGCUUCAAUAUUGGAUAUGUAGUUUCGCCAGGUUCGUUUGAGGAUGUUACUGAGUUGUUGGUGCCCGAGUUGAGGAAGAGAGGGCUGUAUGAUCCCUUGCCAGGGACUACGUUGAGAGAAAAGGUGUAUGGGGAGGGUCAGAAGUCGCUCCUUGAGGAUCAUGUUGGAAGGCAAUACAGAUAUGAGACAUAUGAUGGCAAAUAG